CGCACUAACAGAACUGGAGUUUAUCUUCUCAGUAAAGACGGCAAAAUGCGGGAUGUGACCCUCUGGGAUCUCUGCUUCAGGUCCUAAACUGACUCCUCUUCAUGUGUGAUCAUACACCAUUCCCUGUGUCCAGUUCAUGGCUCUCCCGUGCUUCUGACACUCCCUCAUAAACCAUUAAACUGCUCGCCUGCUCUCGCUUUGUCUCUGUGUAACCAUGUCGUCUGCAGUUCGAGCCCUGUUGCUUGUGCUGCUAGGAGCCGGAGUCCUGUUGUCCAGUGGCGACUCUCCUCGCCGAGAAAUUAAGAUAGACGGAGACCUGGUUCUGGGAGGCCUCUUUCCCAUUCAUGAGAAGGGCCUGGGCAUGGAUGAGUGUGGGCGCAUCAAUGAGGACCGGGGCAUUCAGCGUUUAGAAGCCAUGCUCUUUGCCAUUGACCAGAUCAACCGAGACGUUAGUCUGCUGCCCGGUGUGUCACUGGGUGUCCACAUCCUGGACACAUGCUCCAGGGACACGUAUGCACUAGAGCAAGCACUAGAGUUCGUCAGAGCAUCGCUGACCAAGGUGGACGACACCGAGUUUAUCUGUCCUGAUGGUUCGUAUGCGUUUCAGGAGGACAGCCCAUUGGCUAUUGCUGGAGUCAUUGGAGGUUCCUACAGCAGCGUCUCCAUACAGGUUGCAAACUUGUUGCGCCUGUUCCAGAUCCCUCAGAUAAGCUACGCGUCUACGAGUGCCAAGUUGAGUGACAAAUCACGCUACGACUAUUUUGCUCGCACUGUCCCUCCGGAUUUCUACCAAGCAAAGGCAAUGGCUGAGAUCCUACGUGCCUUCAACUGGACAUAUGUCUCUACAGUGGCAUCCGAGGGUGAUUAUGGCGAGACAGGAAUCGAGGCCUUCGAGCAGGAGGCACGUUUGCGCAACAUAUGCAUUGCUACAUCAGAAAAGGUGGGUCGCUCCAAUGCAAAACGCUCUUCAUAUGAAGCAGUAGUGCGCCAGCUUCUUCAGAAGCCCAACGCCCGUGUGGUCGUGCUGUUCCUGCGCAGUGAUGAUGCCCGAGAGCUGUUAGGCGCUGCCACCCGCCUCAAUGCCUCCUUCCUCUGGGUGGCCAGCGAUGGCUGGGGGGCGCAGGAGAGCAUCAUCAAAGGAAACGAGUUCACAGCAGAUGGCGCGAUCACGUUAGAACUCGCAGCACAUCCCAUACUCGAGUUCAACCGCUACUUCCAAAGCCUCAGUCCUCUUAACAAUCACCGGAACCCGUGGUACAGAGACUUCUGGGAACAGAAGUUCCAGUGCUCUUUGAGCACAACCUCACAGGCAGGGGCAGGAACUGCGAAACCACCCUGUGACCCAAAGCUGGCAGUGGAUGAUUCGAACUUCGAGCCUGAGUCGAAGAUCAUGUUUGUGGUGAACGCAGUGUACGCUAUGGCACAUGCAUUACACCGUAUGCAGAGGACGCUGUGCGCUAAUACCACACGCCUGUGUGAUGCCAUGCGCAGUCUCGAUGGCAAGAGGCUCUACCGGGACUUCCUGCUACACGUCAACUUCAAAGCCCCACUCUCCCCUCCUGGUUCAGAAAACACGGUAAAGUUUGACCAAUAUGGAGAUGGCAUUGGCCGAUAUAACAUCUUCAACUACCAACGAAUGCCUGGUAACGACCGGUUUGGCUACAUCCAUGUUGGUGAAUGGGCAGAAACACUUUCUCUUUAUGAGUACCUGAUUGGCUGGCCACGUGGUACAGGUGUUCCCACCUCACAAUGCAGUGACCCAUGUGCUCCAAAUGAGAUGAAGAAGAUGCAAGCAGGCGAGUACUGCUGCUGGAUCUGCACACCUUGCGAACCCUAUGAAUAUCUGCCGGAUGAAUUCACUUGCGCACCAUGUGCCCUGGGCCAGUGGCCUCGGGCAGACCUGAGUGGUUGCUACGACUUGCCUGAGGACUACAUCAUGUGGGAGGAUGCCUGGGCUAUUGGGCCUGUCUCCAUUGCUUGCGUGGGCUUCAUUUGUACUUCACUGGUCUUCACCGUAUUUAUUCGCCAUAAUGAAACACCACUGGUCAAGGCCUCUGGCCGGGAGCUGUGCUACAUCCUGCUACUUGGAGUCCUCAUGUCCUACUCCAUGACUUUUGUCUUUAUUGCCAAGCCUUCGCCGGCCGUGUGUGCAUUGCGGCGUCUCGGCCUUGGAACCUCCUUCGCAGUCUGCUACUCUGCAUUGCUGACGAAGACCAACCGCAUCGCCCGCAUCUUCAGUGGUGUGAAAGAUGGUGGUGUACAGCGGCCACGCUUUAUCAGCCCUAGCUCACAGGUAUUCAUCUGCCUGGCACUCAUCUCUGUCCAGCUUCUGCUUGUGUCUAUGUGGCUGCUGCUGGAGUUACCUGGCACUCGGCGCUUCACACUGCCUGAGAAGCGUCAGACGGUCAUUCUCAAAUGCAAUGUCCGGGAUUCCAGCAUGCUGUUGUCUCUCAGCUACGAUGUUGUUCUGGUGGUGCUCUGCACUGUCUACGCAUUCAAGACCCGCAAGUGCCCUGAGAACUUCAACGAGGCCAAGUUCAUCGGCUUCACCAUGUAUACCACGUGCAUCAUUUGGCUUGCCUUCCUGCCCAUCUUCUAUGUCACAUCUAGUGACUACAGGGUUCAGACCACCACAAUGUGUAUAUCGGUGAGUCUCAGUGGUUUUGUGGUACUGGGCUGCAUGUUUGCUCCUAAAGUCCACAUCAUCAUGUUCCAACCCCAGAAAAACGUAACCAGUCACCGGCUCAACCUGAACCGCUUCAGCGUCAGUGGUCCUCCUGCUACCUAUGCGUCACACGCAUCUGUGAGUGGCCACUGUGUUCCGACGGUGUGUAAUGGCAGAGAGAUCGUCGACUCCACCACUUCCUCUCUGUGACCCCUCAUCAACGUAUUGCUCUUUAGCGACUGUUAGCCAAUCAGCACACAUUGUGCUCCAUC